CCAGAGGGGGGUUUCCAACUACAGGCGGAUCACACUCCUCACCCCUUUAGAGUCUCCAACAAGCAUGUUUUGUGAUAUGAGGGAGGGAACCGGAGUACCUGGGGAGUAAAAAGCUUCUGCAUGUGGGGGAGGGGAUUGGUCCAACAAAGACAAACCCAAGUCGAGACUUAAUACCAAAACCUCAGGACUGUGGGGUGCGUCACUACUGCCCCCAUUUGUGCAUAAGGAAGUGAAAUGGUUACCUUUGGAACACAACACACAUACCAUCAGUAUUUGUGUACUGACGUGGCUAGUCGACUGACUGGAUUCUGCACAGUGCGGUAUUUGGCGGUUGGGAGAGCUUCCUGAGGAACCACGUGACCAUGAUUUCCAGGGGCAGAGGCGUUUUCACUGCAGGCGUGCCUACUGCGCAUGCGCACAUGUCGAGGCUGCUCGACCCCGCAGCUGGACUACUCGCUUUCUUCUGGUUCUCCUGCACCUACUCCUCCUCUUCCUCUUGGCACAUAUUCACAUUUGUUGGAGGCUGAAGAGCGUUUCCAAGAGCUCGCGCAUCUGCGCGGCCAGAUGUCUCCGGACCCACGCAGCGGUUGUAGCUAACCUUUUGUGCCCACGUCAAAGGCUUCGGACACCAGGCUUUUGUGACAAGGAACCAACAAUCCAUGAUGCUCGGGCUUCAGGGCAGUGGGCCUCCAUCUUCCAAAAUCUAUCGUUGCGUGGCGUGUUCGGCAACCUUCAGCGGACUGGCAGCCUUGCUUGUACACCAGGCAAAGCAUGCCACCAUGCUCCCCAAGGUCAUCGGGCCUCCUUCGACCCAGCCCGACAUGAACCUGCAGGACGCUUUGACAGCAAACCUAAAGUCGUCCAGUCCACCAGCGUCGUCCGACGGCGCCUCGCCAUCUUUUUAUAUCUGUGAUUGCGGAGAGGAAUUUCAAGACUUUUGUCAAAUGCUUGAUCACAAACAAUCGCAUAGUUCACACUUAAAGUCACUCGAUAUGACUUAUAAUAAUGCCGUCUCAGAUGGAACCGAUUCUGCUGAUGGGUCUUCUAAUCAGACGGUAGAUUUACAGCGGACCACAGCCUUGACGGAUCCGGCCCUGAGUUGCCCCUCUACUUCAGGGUCGCCACCUGUGAAAAUAGAGCUUGAAACCAGACAAAGACUGGAAAAGAGCAAAGUUGUUCCAUCCACUCCCCUUGAGCAGAGUAAAGCCUCUGAAGAAAAUAACGAUGGACAACUUGACCAGACAUCUGCAAGUAAAGAGGCAGUGCCAGAGACUGUGAGGGCUUCACCGUCCACUCAUAGCAGCGACAAUGAGGAACGAGCGGCAAAAAAUAACAAAUUAAUGCAAAUCCUAGCAACAGCCUACACGAAUCACACCGCCAAGCCUCCGACUUCGAAUGACAGUAACGUUUUGAUCACCCCCAAACAAGAAGCCAUCCCGGUCGAUGUCACGCCAGUCACAGAAGAGCCGGCCAUCAACGAUCUCUCUGUGGCAAAGUUAAGACGAUUGCUGGCAAAGACUAACACAAAAACAAAAGCCCCCACCAUCAGUCGAAUUAUCGACUCCAGCAGGAAGAAGAUAGUUUCGCUGACAAAAAUGCUCUCGCCCGUCGUGGUUCUUGAAACGCGUCAGAAACUUCGAGAUUCUGGCAACAGCACUCUUUUUGGGAAAUAUCAAUGCGGGCGCUGCCGUCGGAUCUUCCCCAACUCCGACAGACUAACCGAGCACCACUUUUUGCACAAAAAGGAGAGAAUUAAGUGUUGCCGUCGCUGCAAACAACUCAUCAUCGGCAAGCUGCCUUUCACCGACAAUCACGUCUGCAUUGCAUCAGUGAAAAAACCCGCACAGCUGCCAAGUACAUUGCCGCUGGUCCCCAAAUAUGUGCCCUUCCAUAGCUUUAACAACAAGAAAAAAUCAUUCUUUUGUCCCGUAUGCAAGCACAACUACGCCCGCAGGUACAACCUGAAGAAGCACAAGUGCCAAGGCCCGAAAGCUGCGCCGCCCCAGACGCGCGUCUCCGCCGACAGACUACAAGCAUUGAGGUCAAAUAAUAAAGCCUCGCCGUACAAGAAUGGUCAAGUCCAGCACGGAACGAACAGCGUUUCCGUCAGCACCGAAGCCCCUCGGGUCAAGGUCGAGGUGACUUCUACUACUUGUGAGCAGUCUGAGAUGCUUGACCUUCCCUGGAGUCGUUCUACCAAUACCUUCCCGCCAUUUUUCCCCACCUCGGCGGAUCAGCAUGAAAGCCCCUCUGGAAGCGCGAUGGACAACACGAGCUCGGAUGCUGUGCCGGCGCCGCAUAACGAGAGCGGCAACGAAGGCCAGUGGACGAUGCCUUUGGACGAUGAAACGGAGCUGCUUAGUUCGUCUCAGAAUGCUGCUAACGAAGAUGAGAUGGAUCCCGACUCCAAGGAGAUGGCCAACCUGAGUUAUUUUGUCAAAGAUGGCAUAAGACGUUACCCCUGUCCCAGGUGUCAGAAAACCUACAGUCGCCCCUCUACUCUGGCCCGCCAUUUACGCCUGUGCGGGUUCAGGCCUCGGGGACCUGCGUCCAUAUCGCACGGUGCUGGUAAUGACGGCGGUCCCAAACCCAGGGUUCCUUGCAAUGUCUGCGGAAGAAACUUCAGCCGCAAAGAUAACAUGCUGGUUCACCGGCGACGGUGUCAGUUUCAGGGUGCGGCGCCCAAAGAACCCUCGCCGCCAAAUUUGCCAGUCAGCGCACAAGCAAGUUCAGAUGACGACGCUAAUAACUGGGGCUUCAUGUCACUGCCCCCCGUGCUACCCAGGAGGGUGACGUGCGAGUGUGGGGUCGGGUUUACAUCUCCGAGACUCCUCCUGGAGCAUUUACAAAAGCACGCGCAGGAAUCCUACACGUGCCCAACUUGUGGAGAGACUGUGAAUUCUUGGGCUGACUACGAGGUUCACCUGCAAAUCCACAUGCAUCCUCAUCACCAGCUGCUGAAGGGACUCCAAACGCAGCGAUCGCAACCCUUGAUGCUUAGGAUCCAUCAGCAACUUCAGCAGCCACCUCCGCCGCCUCCACUCGCGCAUCAAGCGUCACAGAAGGAACCAGUCCCUGAACCCUCAACCCCCAAAAAGCAGAGGCCUGUUUGCUCACGAUGCGGAAAUACAUUUGCUACCAGAUGUUCCCUCCGAAGGCACUUAUCUUGGGACCGUUGCAAAGGCGGACGACCUCUGAACGCGCCCAAAUUUUAUCGCUGCUCCCGCUGCAGCUCCGAAUUCCCCAACAUGGUGAGCCUUCUGUUUCACCAGAGGAGCGGUGCCUGCAAACCUGCCAUCAAGCCCGUGCGUUGCCCAGUUUGUCUCCGUUGGUUCAGCACUGUGGACGGGUUGCAGAAACACCUCCUGACUCACAAGCAGUCUGACUCCCACCGCUGUGAUAUCUGCCAGUGUUCAUACCCAACCCUGAAAUCUCUCAAAACCCAUCGCAGGAGGGUGCAUAAUGUCUUGUGUGCAGAACUUCUAACUUAGCAGUGUUUGCCCCCCCCCCCACCCCCCCUCUAAUUUCCGUGACAUUGAUGUGGUAUUUCAAAAUGCUGCUUUUGAUUAGUACUAAUUCUAAAUGAUCAAAAUGAAAUAACAAAAAAGUACUUUAGUUUUGUAGCAGUUUGCUGCUGUGGCUCACGUGUAGUUUGGUCCAGUUCUUCAUUUCAAUUUACAAGGUUGUGAAUGUUUCCACUUGAAGUUUUAUCCAAUUAUUGUUCUGUAGUUUGUUGGGUGUUAUUAAAUAUACAAAUUUA